GGAGGGAGGAGGCCGGGCCGGGCCGGGGGCUGCCCGCCUCGCCUGGCGCUGUGGAAACUCAAGGAGGGAGGCGGAGGAGGGGCCCGGCGCCGGGGAAGGGCCUCCGCCGCGCUCUCGCCCGCGGAGAGGAGCCGGGUGCCUUCGCAGCUGGAGCCGCCGAGGAGGGGCCUCGCCGCCCGCCGCCCCGCGCUCCACCUUUGUCGGGGUGGCCGGGGGUGGCGUCGCUUCUGUGGUGGUGGUAGCAGCGGGGGGGGAGAGCCGGGAGUGCGCGGUGGAGCCCGCCCGGCGGGGGAGACAGAUGGGUCCGAGAUGCGGCCGCAGCCCUCGCCCUGAGAGCGGAGCCGGUCGCGCCUGGCCGCGGAGGGACUGAGGGGAUCGCCCCCGCCUUCCCGGCAGCGUGAGGCAGCGAGAAGACGAGAGACCUUUAACGGGAUGGGACGCGGCUCCGCCGUGAGCCCGUAGAGCUCGUUAUCCGCGCCCCGGCCGGCCCGCGGGGGGCUGCCCCGACUGACAGUGCUGCCGGCGCCUGGAUAUGUUUCCUUCUCCACCGGGCCGUAUCUUCGGUGUGUCGGAGCCGCGCAGGAAAUAAUCGUGGUUCCCAGCUCCCCCGGCAGCCUGCCGCCCAUCCCCGGCGGGGGGAGAUGCCCCGGGGCGGGGAGGCAGGAGCGGUGCCGGCGCCCCAGACAUGAAGGCGGGCGGGUGUAAUGGAGUAAGAGGGAAGACGGCUCCUCUCAUCUGCCAUUUGCCCUUCCAGGCGGGAUUGUAAGCCGAGAGAGCUGCGGAAGGCUGUGCGAAAGGAGGAGGAAAUUCCUCUCGUCGGGGUCUCCCCCCCACCUUUUUUUUUUUUUUUUUGUUCUUUUUUUUUUUUUUGUUCUUUUUUUUCUUGUCGUGCCUCGGUCCUCGGCUCCCCCAGGUAUGACUGCCUCACUGCAGCACCUUGUGCUGGUGCUCCUGCUCUCCAGUGCCACCCUGCUGCUCGGCACUGCGGCUGCUGCGCAGAGUGAGGAGCGGCUAUGUGCAUUUAAGGACCCAUAUCAGCAGGACCAUGGAAUCAGUGAGAGCCGAAUCUCCCAGGAGAAUGGCACCAUUUUGUGCAUGAAAGGUAGUACCUGCUAUGGACUUUGGGAAAAAACACGAGAAGGAGACAUACAUCUUGUAAAACAAGGUUGCUGGUCUCAUAUAGGAGACCCCCAAGAGUGUCAUUUUGAGGAGUGUAUAGUUACAACCACCCCUUCCUUGAUUCAGAAUGGAACAUAUCGCUUCUGCUGCUGUAGUACGGACUUGUGUAAUGUCAACUUCACAGAAAAUUUUCCACCUCCUGAUCCUACUGAUACAACGCCUUACAAUUCUUCUCAUUCUUUUCAUCGAGAUGAGACUAUAGUUAUUGCCCUUGCAUCUGUGUCUGUUCUGGCUGUUCUGAUUGCUGCUUUCUUUUUUGGAUACAGGAUGCUUGCAGGAGACCGUAAACAAGGUCUGCACAGUAUGAACAUGAUGGAGGCAGCAGCAUCAGAGCCCUCAUUGGAUCUGGAUAAUCUAAAGUUGUUGGAGUUGAUUGGCCGGGGACGAUAUGGAGCAGUGUAUAAAGGCUCCCUAGAUGAACGUCCAGUUGCUGUGAAAGUAUUCUCUUUUGCUAAUCGUCAGAACUUUGUCAAUGAGAGGAAUAUUUACAGGAUUCCACUGAUGGAACAUGACAACAUUGCCCGCUUCAUUGUGGGGGAUGAGAGAUUCACUGCGGACGGCCGUAUGGAAUAUUUAUUGGUGAUGGAAUAUUACCCCAAUGGUUCUUUGUGCAAAUAUUUGAGUCUCCACACAAGUGACUGGGUGAGCUCCUGUCGUUUGGCACACUCUAUAACUAGGGGCUUGGCGUACCUGCACACGGAGCUACCUCGAGGAGACCAUUACAAACCUGCGAUAUCCCAUCGUGACUUGAACAGCCGCAAUGUACUGGUAAAGAAUGAUGGAACAUGUGUAAUUAGCGAUUUUGGACUCUCCAUGAAGCUAACUGGAAACAGACUGGUACGCCCAGGUGAGGAAGAUAAUGCAGCCAUUAGUGAGGUCGGUACAAUCCGCUAUAUGGCCCCAGAAGUGCUUGAAGGAGCAGUGAACUUGAGGGACUGUGAAUCUGCUUUGAAACAAGUAGAUAUGUAUGCGCUAGGCCUUAUCUACUGGGAGAUAUUUAUGAGAUGUACAGACCUCUUCCCAGGGGAAUCAGUGCCAGAGUACCAGAUGGCUUUCCAGACAGAAGUCGGAAACCAUCCCACUUUUGAAGAUAUGCAAGUCUUGGUGUCUAGAGAGAAGCAAAGACCAAAAUUCCCAGAAGCGUGGAAGGAGAACAGCCUGGCUGUGAGGUCGCUAAAAGAAACAAUCGAAGACUGUUGGGAUCAAGAUGCUGAAGCUCGACUAACAGCGCAGUGUGCGGAGGAGAGGAUGGCAGAACUCAUGAUGAUUUGGGAGAGAAAUAAAUCAGUUAGUCCAACAGUCAACCCUAUGUCAACUGCCAUGCAAAAUGAGCGGAAUCUGUCACAUCAUAGGCGUGUGUCAAAGAUAAGGCCAUAUCCAGAUUACUCUUCCUCUUCCUACAUUGAAGAUUCAAUCCACCACACUGACAGCAUAGUGAAGAACAUUUCUUCUGAACAUUCAAUGUCCACUACCCCAUUGACUUCAGGGGAAAAGAAUAGAAACUCCAUUAACUAUGAGCGGCAACAAGCACAAGCUCGCAUCCCUAGUCCUGAGACGAGUGUCACCAGUUUGUCCACCAAUACUACCACCACCAAUACGACUGGCCUCACUCCUAGCACUGGCAUGACCACCAUAUCCGAAAUGCCUUAUUCGGAUGAAACAAACUUACAUACUACAAAUGUCAUGCAGCCAGGUGGGCCCACCCCUGUUUGUCUGCAGCUAACAGAGGAGGACUUAGAGACAAAUAAAUUGGAUCCAAAAGAAGUGGAUAAGAACCUGAAAGAAAGCUCUGAUGAGAAUCUGAUGGAACAUUCACUUAAGCAGUUUAGUGGGCCAGAUCCACUCAGCAGCACUAGUUCCAGCUUGCUUUAUCCACUGAUAAAACUUGCAGUAGAGGUGACAGGACAACAGGACUUCACGCAAGCUGGCAAUGGUCAAGCAUGUUUGAUUCCAGAUGUCCCAUCUGCUCAGGUCUAUCCUCUACCCAAGCAACAGAACCUUCCGAAGAGGCCUACUAGCCUCCCCCUAAACACCAAAAAUUCAACAAAGGAGCCACGGUUAAAAUUUGGUGGCAAGCACAAAUCAAACUUGAAGCAAGUGGAAACAGGCGUUGCCAAGAUGAACACUAUCAAUGCUGCAGAACCUCAUGUUGUGACAGUUACCAUGAACGGAGUGGCUGGGAGAAGCCACAGCAUAAACUCUCAUGCUGGCACAACCCAGUAUGCCAAUGGGACGGUGCCAUCUGGCCAGACAGCCAGUUCGGUAGCGCAGAGGGCCCAGGAAAUGCUUCAGAACCAGUUCAGUGGAGAGGAUAGUCGGCUGAAUAUUAAUUCAAGCCCUGACGAGCAUGAACCCUUGUUGAGGCGGGAGCAGCAGGUUGGCCAUGAUGAAGGCGUUCUGGACCGCCUAGUAGACAGGAGAGAGCGACCACUGGAUAAUGGCCGAACAAAUGCCAAUAACAACAACAGUAAUCCAUGUCCAGUGCAAGACACAGCUACAGUCAGUAUGCAGAAUGUAGCGAGAAAUCCUGGGCAGACCCAGACUAGAAGAGCACAGAGACCUAAUUCGCUGGAUCUAUCAGCCACAAAUAGUUUGGAUAGCAGUAGUAUGCAGUGUGACUCUUCACAGGAUGGCAAAUCGGGCUCAGGAGAAAAGAUCAAGAAACGUGUGAAAACUCCGUACUCGCUGAAGCGGUGGCGUCCUUCAACGUGGGUCAUCUCCACCGAGCCGCUGCACUGCGAGGUCAACAAUAACGGCAGUGACCGGGCAGUUCACUCCAAAUCCAGCACUGCUGUUUACCUUGCGGAAGGAGGCACUGCCACCACAAUGGUAUCUAAGGACGCAGGAGUGAACUGCCUGUGAAAUUCUUCAAAAGCCGACAAAUGACCUUUUUUUUGCAUUAUUUGAAAUAAACAUGCAGAAGACAUUUUAAAAAAACUGCUUUUUCCUCCUGUCAGCAACCCCUACCAAGGACUCGCUUUAAAUAGAUUUCAGCUAUGCAGAAAAUUUUUAGCUUAUGCUUCCAUAUUUUUUUAUUUUGUUUUAUUUUUUGAACGUUUUUGCACUUUUAUUUAGUAUCGCUAAAGUUAAGUCUGUCUGUUUUGACCACGGAAUAUAUAUAUGUGUAUCAAAAAUGUGGUCUUAAAAUAUUUUUUUAAAAAAAGUAACAAAAAAAAGUAUUGCUGAUAAUCAGUUCGGACCAGUUUCUUAAGGUCUCUAAGAUCAUGAGCAGACUAUAAGACAGGUUUGACUGCAGUGGUGUCUUGUAACCAUGUUUUGAUUUCUGUGCACAAGCUAGUCUGUAUAUUUCUAUGUUACAAAGUGUAUCCUCUUUUGAACCCCCCUAUUUUUCUCGUGUCAUGUUGAAAUGUGCAAUAGUCUAUAGUUCACAGUAUGCUUUAUUGAAAAGUGUGUUUCUAAAACUGCCACAUGUUCCCCUUUUUGUAUUUGUUAAUUUUUCCCUGACAGUUGAGCAGUCAGCCGGUCAUGACAGUGAACUUUGCACACCGUAGCCAGCUUGAAGCAGCUGCCUAUAUCACUUUGUGCUCUGAGGUGACAAUGCACGAAAGGGCUUUCAAAAAGAAACAAGAAAAAAAAAGUAUCUGAGCUCAGUACGUUUCCUUUGAUCCUUCCAAAUCAAAAUGUGUUUCCUUCAUAGUAGUAGAUGCCAGCCUGUGAAGUUCUGAAUAACAAAACGUUGAACAAAUGUAAGGUAACAGUCAGCCAUUUUUUCCAUUUUAUUUUGUGUGCAGUUUCACCCCCUGUAUUUAUUUAAAACCUUAUUAGGUCAUUAAUGAUGUACAUUGAAAAUACAUUUUAUUCAGAAAUCUUAAUAACUGUCAAAAGCUCUAAUGAAGAUAGGUUGCAAACAGAUUUUGUUUACGCAGAGGAAAAAUCAUUAAUCUUAUUUGGCACAAAACAGGUUUGUGAUGAGUCACAAAUCUUUCCUGAUUUACCUCCUUACUGACAAUCUGGGGUAAAAUCAGCCUGAUUACUUAUGCAGGUAGGUGCAUCCUAAUUGACUGUUGUUGCUGAGUUGAGUUGAAACUCGUCCUCCCUUCAGAGUUUCUAGAGCCUCUCAAUCAUCUUGUUAAAAUUUAUUGCAUGCUUUUAAAAUUCAUGGUUAUGAGUGUUUGCGGGGGAGGGCUGGGGUUUUUUCCCUCUGCUUAGACCCUUCAGUUUGUAUGCACAUUGAUUUUAGAUGUCAGUGAACAUGAAUGUAGUAUCUAUUGAGAUAAAAUGUUUUUUCACAAUCUCAAGUAAACCUUACCUUUUUUUAGAAUGAUUGUUUUUACUGUCUACUGAAAAAAUAAUUUGCUUAUUGGCCAGGACCUCCUUCUGCCUAAGAAAUAUCCUUCCACCGGAGACAUUCUUUCUGAUUGAAAACACUUCAGUAAAAACUACUUAGAUAAAAAAAAAAGAUAUAACGCACGUCAGUCUUUGGUACUGAGUAAAGUUUUAUCACUGUAUCUGAAAACUGGUGAUGUUCAAAGAAAGAAAAUCAAUUCAGUCGGCCUGCCAAACUCCUGUGGCAGGAUACUGGCAGCAAACAAUUGCCUCCCCCAGCCUGUCUCCUUUCAGCUGACUGAAACAGAUGCUCUGUGCUUUCAGGCUCAUUUGUUUCCUUGCUGUUAUAUUAUUUUUUCCCCCAGAGGUAAACGUUGCCAACCUCGUUCUUCUAUAUCUGAUGAUACAACUAGUGUAAUACAUGCCUUGCUACAUCUGAUCCUUGCUGUUUCCCAGACUCCCUUGUUUAUGAUUUUCUCUUGUAAUGCUUCUUAAUGUUUCUUAGAUUCUCCUAGAUAUCUCCAAGAGAUAACUCUAUAAAUCCAGACUUUGAUUAAGUGUAGUUGUAGAAAUACAAGCCAUGAGACACGUUUUGGGCUCCCUGUGUUCUUUAAGCACCAGUUCAAGUAGUACCUUUUGUCUCCGAGGGAUAAAUCUGUUACCUGCCUGUAUAAGUACACAGUUAUAUCUCCCCUCUUCAAAAAUACAGCCUUUUUCUGGUUUUACUUUUAAUUCGCUCUCCGGCUUCCCAUCUGCUGCAAUCUCGCGUCCCAGAUGUUGAAAACCUGCCAGUUGCUCAGCUGGGUUUCAAGACCUGAAUCAGAAUUGUUGGCAUUCUGUUCGUAACGCUGGCUGCGGUUUUCUUCUCUUGGCCUUCUUUGAGUCUCCAUUUGAAGUACGGUCUGUUGUUCUGUGAUGAUCACCGUAUCGUGCACAUUGAAGGUUCUUCCCUCCUUUCCCAGUGACUUUUUGCUUUGCCUUGCGUGUAUCAUCCGUCAGCAUUCCAAAAUGUGGGCUGAAAAGCAUAUUUAGGACACUCUUAUCUAACUUGAAACGCUCUGGGGAGAGAAGAGUUAUUUGCUCUGGCUACUGCUUCUUUCUGCUCAGACAGAUUUGCACCAGUCUUCUAGCCUUUCUUUUCAGGCCAGUCUUUUCUAAGAAAUCCAGCUUUCUCAUGCUCAAUGCAAUCAAAAUCAUUUUAAUACCAGAUGAAAAUGUUCUUCUCUAGUUUUCCUUAAAUAUUCUUAAAGCAAACGUAAUACUUUCUUUUCCUUUAUCUAUUUCUGUCACUGGAAGGCCUUUGGGAUGAAUUGUAAUUAGUAGAAAAGUAUUGGCUUUGUAAUCUACCGUGGAUAAAAAUAAUUUGUAACAUGAUAGAAAUAUGUACUUUAUCACACAAUACCUUAUAAAUUAAUUAGAGGAAAAAACUAUUUAUUUUUAAAGGUCUGUCAAAUCAAACUCUCAAGUAGGUACCAAAAUACUGUAAUUCUGCAGAGCUAGAUGAGCAGGUUUUGUUUUAAUGCUUAAUUUAGUAAUGCCCUUUUUUGCUCACAGCACAUAAUCCAAUCUCCACAGAAUAUUUUCUCUGUAAAUUAAAUGAUACUGACUUGUAUCUCACGCCGUGGGGAAUCAUCCUUAACCAAACAAAAUUACGUGUAAGAGAGAGAAUUCUACAGAUCGGACACAUGGAUAGUUGAUAAAUGUAUUAUAAUGAGGGCAGACAAAGGUGUUUUAUUUCUUUGUGGUUUGUUUUUUGUUUGGUUGGUUUUGGUUUUUUUUAAGAAAAAAGAAUAAUGAUGAAAAUUGAUAAUUUUCUAUCAAUUUUUCAUGUAUAUUGCAGACAAGAUAAAUAUAGCAAAAUGAACAUAGAAUGAUAGUGUAAAUACCUAUGAAUUGUGCCACUGUCAAGUAGGCAACAGUAGAAUAUUUGCUAUGGUAAUUUAUAAUGUAUAAUUCAAGUAAAAUGUUAGAGCAAACAUUUGUGAUGUUUGUAUAUAUAAGCCAAAAUCUAAAAUCUUUCUGGUUUUAGAAAAUGACGUAUUAGUAGAAGCCAGAAGAGUUGCUUAGGUGAAUGCGUUGUCUCUCUUUCUGUUUCCUAUAAUAGAGAUACUCACCAAUGUAACAUGGUUUUUAGAAUGUGAAUUCUAACCAUUUGAACAGACAUGCCUCACAGUCAGAUUUAUUUUGUUCUAAAAUUGAUAUUUACAAGUUGGAUUAUCUGCAACACUUCCCCUGAAUUUGCUUAUAAUGCCCUAUAGCUUCAUGUGGUAAACAAUUAGUAUUAAAAAUGCCAUUCUUGAAAUUUCAAAAUGCACUUCAAUUGCACAGCUAAAGGUAAAGGAAUUCCUCAUUUAAAAAAAACAUGUUGAUAUUGUCAUCUUUAGAAUAUUCUCAGAAACAGAACAUUUCUGUUUGCCUUUUGCUUUUUCACUGCUGUUUGUGUCUUGUUUCCACAUAGGAAAAUACCUAAUUUUCAAAGGCAACACAGUUUCAUUUUUUUUUUUUUCAGUGCACUGGGGACAAAAA